AUGUCAUCCGCUAAACCCAUUUUGAAGACCUCCAUUCCUUCGAUGCAUGCAGCAUCCGCUCGACAAUCAAACACAAGCCCACCCACGUCAAAACCCAGCAGUGCCCGACGCUCGCCACUAAAACCCAAGCAGAAGCCCUCGAAACCCCAGACGGAUCCUCGUCAUUUGGCAAUCGCUCUCCACCAUGCCCAUCGCAUUCAAGCGCAGAAAAAUGCGCAAGAUCUUAUCCUAGACCGCAUCCUCGAACUGCUCACCAUCCCAUCUUCUCCAUCCGCCGACCCUGCCGCCCCCUCCGCUGAAGAUGCACAUAAAUUCAAAGCUGCCCUAGUUCCCUUCCAGCCUGCAGAUUACGACAAUCUUAUACAGGAAAGAAAUAUCGAAGGUCUUUGUGGCUAUGGGCUCUGCCCGCACGAGCAUCGCCAGGAGAACUCAAGGGGCGCGUUUCGGAUAACAUGGGGCGCGAGAGGCAGCGGACCUAGAGGCCGUGGACGGGAGAUGAACAUAGUCCCUAAAGAGCAGUAUGAGAUGUGGUGCUCGGAUGAGUGUGCUGAGAGAGCCAUGUACAUCCGAGUCCAGCUUGCGGCGGAACCAGUAUGGGAGAGACGGGCAGACGACCUCCGAGGAGAAGAGCUCCUCUUGCUUGAGGAAGGCAGAUCAGGGAAAGGGAAGAGCGCAAUGAGGGAUCCAACGAGUGUCCAAGAAGUCCUUGGUCAGCUGGACAACCUUCACAUGGAUACCACGCCGGAACCGAGUGCAGUGGCCGACGAGAUUUCGAGACUCUCGGUCAGGGACGAUGCUCGCUCGCGAGAGCUCGCCAUGGAACGUGGCGACCAAAACCCAGCACUCCAAGGUGGUAGAGUGAAUGUUAACAUCCAAGAGAAGACGAAUGUUGGACAAGUCACCGCACCAGAGAUGCGAGCUGGAGACGAAAGAGGUGGCUCAAUCGAAGGAUAUAUGCCGAAUGAAUCUUGA